GAGGACCUGUGGUGCUGGAGGACCCGCUGCCUCCUAUGCGCAGCCCCGGCCGGCAUGGGCAAGGUGGCCUGGCCGGCAUGAUGAACCCCCUGGGCAGCCCGGUGCGGGCCUACGACUUCCUGCUCAAGUUCCUGCUGGUGGGCGACAGCGACGUGGGCAAGGGCGAGAUCCUGGCUAGCCUGCAGGACGGCGCGGCCGAGUCCCCGUACGGCCACCCGGCGGGAAUCGACCACAAGACGACCACCAUUCUGUUAGAUGGCCGGAGGGUGAAAUUGCAGCUUUGGGACACUUCAGGGCAAGGAAGAUUUUGUACCAUAUUCCGUUCUUACUCCAGGGGUGCACAGGGCGUGAUCCUGGUCUAUGACAUUGCCAACCGCUGGUCCUUUGAUGGCAUCAAUCGAUGGAUUAAGGAGAUUGAUGAGCAUGCCCCUGGGGUCCCUAAAAUCCUGGUGGGGAACCGGCUGCACCUGGCAUUCAAGCGGCAGGUGCCCACUGAGCAGGCCCAGGCCUAUGCUGAACGCCUAGGUGUGACCUUUUUUGAGGUCAGCCCUCUGUGCAAUUUCAACAUCACAGAGUCCUUCACAGAGCUGGCCAGGAUUGUGCUACUGCGGCAUGGAAUGGACCGGCUCUGGAGGCCCAGCAAGGUCCUGAGUUUGCAAGACCUCUGCUGCCGUGCUGUAGUGUCCUGUACACCGGUACAUCUGGUGGACAAACUCCCGCUCCCUGUUGCUUUAAGGAGCCACCUCAAGUCGUUCUCUAUGGCCAAUGGCCUGAAUGCCAGGAUGAUGCAUGGCCGCUCCUACUCCCUCACCACCAGCUCCAGUCACAAGAGGAACAGCUUCCGCAAAGCCAGGACCACUUGUCCAGCUCAGAGCCCACCCAGGAACUGUGCCAGGAACAGCUGCAAAAUUUCUUAGGGGCUGGGACUGUGGCACAGAUGCAUCAUUCCAGCUACUUGGGAGGCUGAGGCAGAAGGAUGGUGAGUUCAAAGCCUGUCUGGGGUACAGAAUGAGUUCAAGGGCAGCCUGGGCAACUCAAUGAGAGCCUGUCUCAAAAUAAAAAGUAAAAAAUGGGCUAGGUUAUAGCUCAAUGGUAAAGUGCUUCCCUGCAGUUCAGGAAGUCUUAGGUUCCAUCUUUACUACCAAAAACAUUUUUUAGUGAAUUUCUUAGGGAAGACACAAACAAAAGACACAUCUCUCCAGGAGAGGUUCAGUCCUCACACUGAGGACGGAGACCAUUUCAGACUCAAGAAACAUACCUUCCAUCUCUCAUACUAACAGUGCUGCUUUGUUCAGAAUGCCCGACAUGGUGUUACUGACACUUCUAUGUAGAUGUGCAUGAAGCUGUUGUUCUAGAUAUGUGUGUACAAAAGGAACUUUAGUACUCUGCUCAGCUCUUGAUAACAUGAAAUUUUGGAUGUUACUUUUAUUUUGACUAUUGUGUAACUAUUUCCUUAAUGUAACUGCUUUUACAUGGCUGAUGAAAUGUGUGUAGUGAGGACAUAUCCAAGGGAAUUUAAGAAGCAAUGAUAGGUAAUCUAGCUUUAUAAAUAUUAUGAGGGGCCUUUUUGUAAAUAUUUUAAUGUCAGAGCACCAAUUUAUAAAAUACUACAGCUGCACAUAGAAUUUCCAUAGAGUUCUACCCUGAUUGUAGUAGUAGAUUUGAUAAAACCUUUUGCUAUGUUUUUGUUUAUUACAUUUUGGGAUUAAUAAGUAAUUUAUAUGACUAUUUUUCUGUAAACCUACAUUUUUUUUUGUACAAGGUGUUCUACAAGUAACAAAGCUAUGGGAAGAAAAUGCCAAAGAUAUCUUGUUAUGUUGACACAAGCAACAUAGUUUCAACAGAUAGGCAAGAAGAAAGCCUUUUCAGUAAAGAAUAAAGUGAGAACACUAUUAUUUAAGAAAAUAUUUCUCAAAAAUAAAGUGGAUACUUGUUCCCUCUUGACAGAA